GCAUGCGCAUUUGUAUAUGAAUGUAUAAAAACCUGGCGCGGAAAAUGGUGUGCUGUCAAUAAACGCCCACGGCAUUUUGAAUGUUGUGAAUCAUCAAACGGUUUAUUGUGAUUUGUAACGCUACAAGUGACCCUAUAUUUGGAACUAUCACUGACAUCAUCGCUAUUAGAAAUGAAGCCUUUGCGUGGUUCUAAUCGGGAAGCAUCAAAAAUACCCCGCUUGAAAAACAAGUCUAAAAAGAAGACUCACCCAGCAACCGAUCGCCCGGAUUCGCCGCCCGCUGGCGACAACAAUGGCGCGACCAAAAGACGCAGCUCGCCAAAGAAAAGAAAAGCUUCCGAAACUGCCCCCAAAGUCAAAGUUUCGAAAAACCUCAAGCAGAUCCAGAGAUCCUCCAUCAUUGCACUGGAGAAUGUGAUGAAUAUAGCAAUAUUGACAACUCUUGGUUUGAGACGAACAGAGAAGAAGGAGAGCCAGGAACAUCUAAAUAUUGUGAAAAAAAGGUUCUUAACUCACUGUGCAGAGCUUCAAGUUCCAGUGCAGAAGAACGACGCGUUAUGGAAGUCGUGGCAGCGCCACCGGGAGGAGAGCAGGAAGCAUGAGGCCGGAAAGCAAACUCUGACUUCCCUGGAGGAAGACCUGAAGGCUGUGGUCAGCACGCUAGAGAGCACCGAAGAGCAGACAGUCUCUUUGGAGCGUGCAUGCAGUUCUCUUCGAGAACGACUGGAAGAGGAGGAGGAGAGCGCUAAGGAGAUCUUGCAGAGAAGCGAGCAAGCGGUCCUCGCCCUCCCUUCUUACCCGCCUCGGACAGAUGAAACGACCUUAGAGGCUCUUUUGAGAAAACAGGUCCCGGACAAAGAUUGUGAGACGGUCUCGCGCAAGCUGGAAGCAAUCUUGCAGAAGUCAGAAACAGGAAAAAAAAAAACGCCAAGCACCCAACUUCCAUAAGCACGUCAGCAACAAUGUAGAUCAGCUUUCGUCAAUUUGAAUUGUUCACUGUAGCUUCUUGUUGAUACCGUGUUUUUUUUUUUUAACUCUGAGACACUUUUUUUUUUAAAUGACGUGUAGAAUUCUACAAAGUCUACAUUUGCAAGAAUAAAAGUAUUCCCACACCAAA